CCCGGCCUCAAGGGCCUCGGCAUCUCCGCAGCCCGCCUUGACCUCGACCUUGGCGGCGUCGUCCCUCUCCACACCCACCCCUCCGCCAACGAGCUCCUCCUGGUCACACAGGGCUCUAUCUUAUCCGGUUUCAUCUCCUCCUCCAAUUCAGUCUAUUAUAAAACGCUGUCCCAGGGAGAUAUAAUGGUGUUUCCUCAAGGCCUGCUUCACUUCCAGGUGCAGUGCGGCGGAGCGCCGGCGGCGGCAAUUGCUACUUUUAGCAGUCCGGACCCGGGGUUGCAGAUUACGAGCUUUGCGCUAUUUGGGAAUUCGUUGCCGUCGGCGUUGGUGGAGAAGGUGACAUUCCUGGAUGAUGCGCAGGUGAGGAAGCUGAAGGGAGUGCUGGGGGGAAUUGGCUGACACGGCGAAGUACACAGCCCGGAGCUGCAGGAGUUGAUAAUUUGUGUUUUAGUUGCCUUAUUGUUCUGGUUCCAGUAGUAGAUUUUGAAUAAGGAGCUAUUUGAUUUUGAGCUCGGUGCAUGUGAUUGUUUCUGUUUGUUUUGCGUCGUGAGCGGGUUUGUGUUUGUCGUUUCUUAUCAUUGUAAGGGGUCUAUUUUGCUAAAAUAAAUUAAAGAGAAAAGUUUGUGUGUU